GGACUUUCGUGGCUCCUUUCGCUCGAAUCAAAACAAGGCAAAGUUCUGUUGUCAGGAAUCAAAAUACUUUUACCUGUUCGUUGUGACAUUACACUUAUGAUUGACAAUUAUGGGAAGUACGCGGGGAAUCGUGUGGGGAGUGCUCCUGCUUCUCCUGUCUGAAGGUUCAUUCGGGCUGUAUUUUCCUCAAAGGCUUUACACAGAGAACAUCUACGUGGGUCAGCAGCAGGGAUCACCGUUGCUUCAGGUCAUUUCAAUGCGGGAAUUCCCUACAGAGAGGCCUUAUUUCUUCCUGUGCUCGCACAGAGACGCUUUUACAUCAUGGUUUCACAUAGAUGAGGCGUCCGGAGUUCUUUAUCUCAACAAAACCCUGGAGUGGAGCGACUUCAGUAGUUUACGCAGCGGCUCAGUUCGCUCCCCGAAGGAUCUCACCCUGAAGGUCGGAGUCUCUUCAACUCCCCCAAUGAAAGUGAUGUGCACCAUCCUACCCACAGUGGAGGUCAAACUUUCGUUCAUCAAUGACACAGCGCCCUCCUGUGGUCAGGUCGAGCUCAGCACAUUAUGCUUCCCUGAGAAGAUCUCCAACCCCCACAUCACUGAAAAUCGCGAGCCAGGAGCCCUGCGCCAGCUGCGCCGCUUCACACACAUGAGCAUCUGCCCAAACUACACCAUCAGCUAUGGAGUGGUUGCAGGAUCUUCUGUACCGUUUGCGGUCGACGACUCCACUUCUGAACUAGUGGUCACAGCACAAGUGGACCGCGAGGAGAAGGAAGUGUAUCAUCUGGAUAUAGUCUGUAUGGUACGAACAGAAAGAAAUCUGGAGGAGGUCUUCAGAUCUUUACAUGUGAACAUCUAUGAUGAAGAUGAUAAUUCUCCUUAUGUCAACGGGACUGACACUGAAGACGUCUUAGUAGAGUUUGACCGCAGUGAGGGUACUGUGUUUGGGACUCUGUUUGUAUAUGACAGAGACACAACACCAGUUUAUCCCACAAACCAAGUUCAAAAUAAACUGGUGGGGACCCUGAUGACAAAUGACUCCUGGAUCAAAAAUAAUUUUGCUAUUGAACACAAGUUUAGGGAAGAGAAAGCUAUUUUUGGAAAUGUCCGUGGGACUGUUCAUGAAUACAAGCUGAAACUCAGUCAGAAUCUGUCUGUGACGGAGCAGCGCUCAUUUCUGUUGGGCUACCUGGUCAAUGACACCACUUUUCCAGGCCCAGAGGGAACAGUGCUGUUACACUUUAAUGUGACUGUCCUGCCAGUUCCCAUUCGCUUCUCCAAUGUCACUUAUUCCUUCACGGUCUCACAGAAGGCAACAACUUACUCCCAGAUUGGAAAAGUCUGUGUGGAGAACUGUCAGAAGUUUAAGGGCAUUGAUGUGACCUAUCAGUUAGAGAUUGUCGACAGGAACAUCACUGCUGAAGCUCAGUCCUGUUACUGGGCGGUUAGUCUUGCACAAAACCCGAAUGAUAAUACAGGCGUUCUCUAUGUGAACGACACCAAAGUGUUACGCAGACCAGAGUGCCAAGAGCUGGAGUAUGUGGUCAUUGCCCAGGAGCAGCAGAACAAGCUUCAGGCCAAGACACAGCUCACCGUCAGUUUUCAAGGCGAAGCAGAUUCACUGAAAACGGAUGAGCCACGAUUUCCAGCUUGUGCAGAAAAGAGACAGCGAGGAGACUGUGAGGCGACUCGAGGCCUGGGAGCCCCAACAGGGAGAUGCCAGUGGAGACAAGGCCGAGAUAAAGGAAUAUCAAAAAGAUACUCCACCUGUUCCCCCAACCUCGGCACGUGCCCUGAUGGUUACUGUGAUGCCAUUGAGAGCAAGAACAUCUCCAUCUGUCCUCAGGAUUGCUCCAGUGAGGCCAUAAUCGGCGGUUAUGAAAGGGACCUGUAUGGAAUCAAAGCUGGACAUGGGACCUGUUACUGCUUUGAAGGAAAGUGCUUCUGUGAAAGAGAUGAACCGGAGGAUGAUAUAUGUAACGACAUGUGCAAGACCGUCAUUGCAACUGGUAUCAUCCUGUCCUUCAUUGUCUCCGUUCUCCUGUCCUCGUACUUCAUCCACCGUUACCACAAGACCACCCCAAAGCCACCCAUUGCUUCUGCUGAAAUGACCUUCCGUCGGCCAGCCCAGUCUUACCCUAUCAGUUACUCGGCCAAUAACGUUCGUCGCGCUUCUCUCGAUUCCAUGGAGAACCAGGUGGCCAUUGACACCUUCAAAAUACCUGAGGAUCCGAAAUGGGAGUUUCCACGAAAGAACCUGGUGUUGGGUAAAACUCUUGGAGAAGGAGAGUUUGGGAAGGUGGUGAAGGCCACAGCUUUCCGACUCAAAGGAAAAGCUGGAUACACUACGGUUGCUGUGAAAAUGUUAAAAGAAAAUGCAUCUCACAGCGAGCUUCGAGACCUCCUCUCAGAGUUCACAUUGCUUAAGCAGGUUAAUCACCCUCAUGUCAUUAAAAUGUAUGGAGCUUGCAGCCAGGAUGGUCCAUUAUACUUAAUUGUUGAAUACGCCAAGUAUGGUUCACUACGUAACUUCCUGAGAGAGAGCCGCAAAGUUGGGCCAAGCUAUAUGGGCAAUGAUGCCAACCGCAACUCCAGCUACUUGGAAAACCCAGACGAGAGAGCUCUGACCAUGGGCGACCUGAUCUCGUUCGCCUGGCAGAUCUCUAGAGGAAUGCAAUACCUAGCUGAGAUGAAGCUUGUUCACAGAGACCUGGCUGCAAGGAAUGUGCUGGUGGCAGAAGGAAGGAAGAUGAAAAUAUCAGACUUUGGUUUGUCUCGAGAUGUCUAUGAGGAAGAUUCAUACGUGAAGAGGAGCAAGGGUCGUAUUCCUGUCAAAUGGAUGGCUAUAGAGUCUUUGUUCGAUCACAUCUACACCACACAAAGUGAUGUCUGGUCAUUUGGUGUUCUCUUAUGGGAGAUUGUGACUCUUGGAGGAAACCCCUACCCAGGAAUUGCCCCUGAACGACUUUUCAACCUUCUGAAGACCGGCUACAGGAUGGAGAAACCAGAGAACUGCACUGAUGAAAUGUACAAUCUGAUGCUUCGCUGCUGGAAACAAGAGUCAGAUAAACGUCCCACUUUCUCAGACAUCAGCAAAGAACUGGAGAAGAUGAUGGUGAAAAGCAGAGACUAUCUGGAUCUUGCGGCCUCCACACCGGCAGACGCUCUCCUAUAUGACGACUCUCUCUCUGAAGAGGACACACCCUUAGUGGACUGUAGUAACGCCCCUCUCCCUCGAACCCUCCCCUCCACUUGGAUUGAAAACAAGCUCUAUGGCAUGUCAUACCCGAACUGGCCAGAGAAGAGCCCGGUACCGCUCAACAGACUCGAUGCCACUAACCCUGUCUUUACAAGAUAUGCCAAUGAUAGUGUUUAUGCAAACUGGAUGGCUUUGCAUUCUCCCGCAAAAAUCGUGGACACAAUCGAUAGUUAAAAACGCAAGCCAAAAUCAAUGGCGGAAAAGACACGGGGGGUGGGGAGAUGUGUAUAUUUCUAUGAAACUGUAUAUAUAUAUGUAUAUGUUGUAUGAUGAUAAAGCGGGUUCCCUUUUAUUUCUGCUGUUGUGUAGAUGAUGAGAGAUUUCAAAUUGGCUGGAAAUGCAUAAACAUGCUUCAAGCAGCUUCUAGGUGAUUGUUACCACGAGGCCUCCGUGCUGUAUCUCUGCAUGACUCUGUACAGUUUAAUGUCCAUGUUUAAGUGCCUGUGCCGCUUCUGUUAGAGAACACCAUAAUAAAUGCAUGACCGAGACGAUCUUGGUCCCACUCCAGGAAUUAAAGGGAGCUUCUUUACCAUCAAUUACUGCAGAAGUUUGUCGCAAAUACUGGACAUGUUUAUUUGGAAAAAGAAAAGUUUGUUUUUUCUUGAUCGUGUGUGAGGAUUGGAAAGAAUCAUGUUUAUUUUGUUUCCUUGUUUUUUAAGUAAUGAUAUUUCUAGGCUCUGUGGUGAUAAUGAGUUAUGCAUAUUGCCAUAACAGAGUAUGAAUAUGUUUAAUUUAAUGUCAUAUAUUGUGAUUUAAUUUUCAUUCCCUGUAAAGACAUUAUUUGUGCAACAAUAACUACAUUAAGCUGAGUGUGAUUCUUCAAUAUGUUGUCCGAAGAUUACGUUUCAAACAAUAAAACCUGUUAGAAUA